GGAUGGAGGUCGUGGCGCGGAGUUCGGAGCGAGCGGGGGCCGCCAUGCGGAGCCGCGCCGAGGUGGACGCCACGCUGCAGACGGCCAAGCUGAACCCGGCGGAGCUGGUGCCGGCCGUGCACUGCCUCAGCUUCGGCCCGCAGGCCGCCGGCGGCGAGUGCUGCCUGCUGCAGCUGGAACCGGGGCUCUGCGCCGAGCUGGAGGCGGGGCACAGCCUAGUAAUCCGUGGUGAAAAGGAUGAACAUGCAGUGUUGUGCAGCAAAGAUAAAACUUACGACAUGAAAAUAGCAGAUACCUCAAAUAUGCUCCUGUUUGUUCCUGGUUGCAAAACUCCAGAGGAGCUGAGUGCAGAUCCGGCAUCUUGUAACGUUAUUCAUUCACAGAUUGCUGGUUUCUCCAAUAACUAUUGGGAAUUAAGGAGAUGUCGACCAAAACUGAAGAAACUGAGGAAGCUUUUAAUGGAAUAUCCAUAUGACGGGCCUGAUAGUCAGAAAGAUCAGACUUUGACAUUUUCAAAGUAUACAACAGAAGAUUUGUUAAGUUUGAUUCAGGCAAGUGAAGAAGAAAUACUCCACCAAUUGCAAGUUAUAGAUGCCUGCAAAAUUGAAGGAUAUUGGAGAAUCCUAGACUUUGACUAUGAGAUGAAACUCCUGAAUCAUGUGACUCAGCUGAUAGACUCAGAGUCCUGGCCUUUGAGUAAGGUUCCUCUAUGUGCCUGCCUUGAAGAACUUGGAUCUCUAGAACCCAGAGAGAUGAUAGAACACAUUCUUGUAAGCUAUGGCAGGAAAUACGUUGAUGCAGGGGAGGUUUUCUUUGAAAUGUGUGAAGAUAAAAUAUGCAGAGCUAUAGCACAAAUGCUUUUGCAAAAUGCAGUUAAAUUCAAUCUAUCAGAGUUUGAAGAAGUCUGGCAACAGAGUGUCCCUGAGGGGAUGACAACAAGGCUUGAUCAGCUUCAGGGCUUGGCUCUUGUGGAUAAAAGUUCAAGACCAGAGACCAUCUGUCUGCUAAAAGUAGAAGAGUUACCUGAAGACAACCAGGAAAGAUUCAACAGCUUAUUUGGCAUACGAGAAAAGUGGACAGAAGUGGAUAUUACCCCUUAUAUACAAGACUUGUGUGCAGAGAAGCAGACUGUUGGCGCUCUUCUGACAAAAUAUGCUCGCUCCUCAAUGCUGAAUGGUGUUAAAGUUUAUAAUUCUAGAAGACCCAUCUCAUAACAAGUAUUGUUUGAAGAACUGAGGAUACUGAAUGUAAUAACAGUGAAUGUUACUUGCUGCUGCCUUCUGGGGAAAAGAGUUGCCAACCAACUUAUACAAUAAUGUUGUACUUGAGUUUAAGCAGCUAAGCUACUUGAACCAGCUGUUUUCUGCUCAGCUAAGGAGAGUGUGAGGGAUUCAGCUCACCUUCCUUUGCCCAACUGCUUUUUCCUUUGUGUCUAGUUAAGCCAGGAGCCAAGCUACUUCUUGAGUACACUUAAAUCUGUUUAUCUGUAUGUCUGAAAUAAAAAUUUAAAACCUCCUUGAUAAUAA